AUGCGCUGGACACAUCCGAGCUGGUAUACUUCCUCUGACUUACCCUCAGAGCUUUCCCCCUCGGGACGCCGAAAUCCUUCAACUCCGAAUCUGGACUCCUCUACCAUAAAUGCCAUCACUUCCCAGAUACCACUUCUUGAUAUUGAAGUGCAAACUCGUGCGAAGGAAAUCGCCAAGGUCCAAUCAGUGUUACAGUGUCUUGAACAGGAGUACGUUCAGACCGUAGCGGUUCUACAUCGCAAAACAUCCCUAUUAUCUCCCAUCCGACGUCUACCAUCCGAUAUUCUGCUGGAAAUUUUUAGCCUGGCGGCUGAUGAUAGUGAAAUCUGCUUGUCGUCGCCUCCAUUUAUCCUGCGCAGCGUCUGUUAUACAUGGAGAGUUCUUGUGCUGACCUCGCCGUCCCUUUGGUCUAAAGUGAAAAUCAAAAUAAGCAAUACCCGGGAUGUCAGGGAAGCAUACAAUAAACAGCGACUCCUCCGCACCGCCUUUUCUCUUUCGGGAAAGUGUCCCCUUAAUAUAUCAAUCAAGAGCUUUGGGAUCAUCCCAGAUACAAGGGAGUUGACGUUGAUCCAACAGUGCCUCGUUCCAACAUCUGAUCGGUGGAAAUCCCUUUAUCUGCAUAUCCAAUAUCCAGAGAACAUCAUUAGAUUUUUCGAUAUCUCAGGACGCUUCCGAAUGCUAGAAAGCCUGGAUUUAACGUUUCUUGACCACCAACCAACACCACAGCGUUUUUAUGAGGGACUUUCCAAACUUUUCUGUUCCACCCCUGUAUUGCGUACCGUCAGAAUUUCCGAAAUUUCCGACUAUGUCUUUUGCAAGUUAUCGCUCCCUCUUCAUCAGCUCACGAGCCUCGACGUUGAUCUCGAGCAUUACUGCACUUCUGGCCCACCGUUCCCGUUCUACAACUGCAUCGCGAGAGGGACGGAACUGGAGUCGUUCACCUUGCGUAUGUUCCAUAACAGUUCUUCUACGCAGCAACUAUCAGGGCCAUUCCCCGAAAUCAUCCGUCCAAAUGUUCGACGGUUUUCGUUGACAUACCACAUUCCUACAACCUUGAAAUAUUGCACAUUUCCGGGGUUGGAGCAGGUCACUCUUUUCACUUCCUUUGCUGAUCGUGAAUCCGCACCGAUUAUACCAACGCAUGAACUUGCAGUGGUCUUCGAAUUUCUGAAGCGGUCAAACAGUCGACUUCGAUCGCUUGCCGUGUACAGACCUAUUCCUUUCCCUGCAUUUAACAACUUCGCCAAGGAAGUGUUUCCGUCCCUCACGGAUCUCGUCAUUUCCGUGAACGAAGAAACGUCAACUGAAGUAAUUCAAAGAUUGGCGGAUCCAUCUUUCAUCCCAUGUCUUCGGCACCUGUCUUUGCAUAUCUGCCUUCCGGUGAUAUCAUUAUUCAAAGACAAUUCCCUAAUCUCUAUGGCUAUAUCCCGGCACAACUACAGGCUGAAAUCGCUGGAUUUGUCCAUUUUAUCCGCCGGAUGCUUGAAGUACCGUGGCUCGAGCACUAUGCUUGACUGGCCGAAACAUCUGUUGCAAGCGUAUAAGCUGAAGGAAGCUGGAUUAGGCGUGACUUUCCUACGAGCGGGAAGAAACUUAUUUGCUGAUGAAGAUACGUUAAAUGAGCUUACAACAUGGCUCAAGGACUGGAAUGCACCACAAUCCAUGUUUAACUUGCAGAACAUGUAA